GUAUCGACCCGCCCCCCUUUGGAGCAGCUCCAACCUGUCAGCAAGGAGGUCUUGAGCAAAGAACGAGGAAGACCUGACUCCUUUCCAACAUGUCAACAAACACCACGAAGGGGUUUUUUGCGUUACUCUUCGUCCUGGGGGUUACAUCGGCAGUGAAACAUUCUCUCAAAUACUUCCUCACUGCAACCUCGGGAAUGCAAAACUUCCCAGAGUUUGUGGGCGUGGCCACGGUGGACGACGUCCAGGUGGGCUACUGCGACAGCAGCAUCCAGUCAGCGGAGCCUAAACAGGACUGGAUGAAGAAACUGGUCCAGGCUGAGCCGUAUCACCUGCACUGGUACAGGCAAAAGUGCUACGGCAACCAGAAGGUCUUCAGGGAAAAACUGGAGGCUUUUAGUCUACGCUUAAACCAAUCCGGAGGCAGCCACAUCUUACAGAGGAUGAACGGCUGCGAAUUCGAUGACGAGUCCGGGGAAGUGGAGGGCUUCAACCAGUAUGGUUACGACGGGGAAGACUUCCUCUCCUUGGACUUGCGGUCUCUGACGUGGACCGCUUCGCACCCGCAGGCUUUCACCACCAAACUCCUUUGGGACACGGAGACGGCCCGACUAGAAUACAACAAGAACUAUUACAUCUACAAGUGUCCCGAGUGGCUGAAGAAGUACGUCCACUACGGGAAGAGCAUCCUGGAGAGAAAAGAGCUUCCCAUGGUGUCUCUCCUCCAGAAGACGCCCUCAUCGCCAGUCUGCUGCCACGCUACUGGGUUCUUCCCCGACAGGGCCAUGCUGUUCUGGAGGAGAGACGGCGAGGAGGUCCACGAGUACGUAGAACACGGGGAGAUCCUCCACAACCACGACGGAACCUUCCAGAUGAGCGUCAUCAUUGACAUGUCGUCCGUCCCGCCUGCCGAGUGGGGGGAGUAUGAGUGCGUGUUUCAGCUGGAGGGCAUCCAGGACCAGAUGGUCACCCAACUGGACAAAGCGAAGAUCUGGACCAACUGGGUUCCCCCCUCAAGGUUUCCUCCUGGUCCCGUUGCUGGGGUCGUGGUGAUGUUGGUUCUCCUACUGGGGGGCGCCUUUGCUGGACUUUACAUUUGGUGGAGAAAGUAUAAAGAAUUCCGGCUUGCUAACAUGGGUGCCCAACUCUCAUCCAGUCUGGCCUCCUCAGUCAAUGUCUCCCUCAACUAUUUCCUCAUCGCCACCUCCGGAGCGCCCAACCUGCCUGAGUUUGUGGGCGUGGUCAUGCUGAAUGACAUGCCGGUGGGCUACUACGACAGCAACAUCAAGAGGGCGGAGCCUAAGCAGGACUGGGUCAAGGCAUACUUGGAGCAUGAGCCUCAGCACCUGAAGUGGUACGCUGCACAGUGCCUGGACCACCAGCAAGACUUCAACGCCGACAUUUACGGCCUGAAGCGCCGUUUCAACCAGUCGGGAGGGAUCCACAUUUUGCAACGGGUGAGUGGCUGCGAGGUGAACUACGACAACGGAAACGUCCGCGGGUUUAAUCGCUACGGUUACAACGGCGAGGACUUCAUAUGGCUGGACCUGGAGAAGAAGAGAUGGGUGGCCCCGAGGAAGGAGGCUCACACCACCAAAGAGAGAUGGGAUGCCGAGAUGCCCACCAUUGAAUACAUGCAGCACUUCUACUUGUACGAGUGUCCGCUGUUACUGGAGAAAUAUAUGCGCUACGGAGCGAGCUUCCUGCACAGAAGAGUGCUCCCAAAGGUGUCUCUCCUCCAGAAGACACCCUGGUCGCCAGUCACCUGUCACGCCACGGGGUUCUACCCUGACGAAGCCGCAAUGUUCUGGCAGAGGGCUGGCCGCCAGGUCCGACAGGAAACACUGGUGCAACACUGGGAGACCCUCCACAACCAUGACGGAACCUUCCAGAGGAGCGUGACCCUCAACGUCUCCUCCAUCCCAGACAUGGAGUGGGAGGAGUACGAGUGUGUGUUCAAACUCAAUGGUGUCGAGGACACCCUGGUCACCAAGCUGAACAAAGCGGCGAUCAUGACCAACUAUGGAGGUACGCCGCGGAGCUACCCUGCAGCUAUGGUUGGAGGCGCGGUGGCACUGAUGCUCCUCAUGGCCAUCGCUCUGAGCCUCAGGAUUUGGAAACGACAUCCUUCUGGCUUCCAGUUGGCUAACGGGAAUAUCUGAGACUGGAUCAGCCUAGCACACACGAUGAGCCAAGUUGUCGAUGUAAUGUUUGUGGUUUUUAUGCAAAAUGUUAUCCUUUUUUUACAUGAACUACUAGUUACUAGUCACAUGGCAAACAGCCUCCAUGAGCUCUGCCGAAUUAUGUGCCUGCUGCCAUCUAGUGGAAGAGCUAUUUAAAAAAAAUUAAAGUGAAAGAUCAGGGGUCUCAAACACGCGGCCCGCGAGCCAAAUGUGGCCCGCAGGACAAUAGUUUGAGGCCCCCGCCUUGAUAUGAAAGUUUAAUGUUAGUGCGGCCUGUGCAAGUUUGAUAUGGAUGCUGUAUGGUAUCAUGUACCCAGAAAAAAUGAUUACGUUUGAUUAAUGUUCAUGUUCAUGGUUAAAUAACUGUUAAUAGUUAUCCUCCCUAUCCGUGUGGAAGUGGUAAGUUUUUGGCUAUUUAAGUUUAAAGAAUGAAGGCUACCGUUUAGGUCGCUAGCUCUCUAGUUUGCGAGUUAGCAUGUGUCUCAAGACCCUGCAGUUGCGCAAUAUGUUGUAAAUAAAAAGAGUAUAAAUGUGA